AUGUCACCGCCGCGGAGGGGGCGAGCCGGGGGCGCGCCCCGGCGCCGCUGAUUGACAGCGGGGCCCGGCCCGCAGCCCAUAAAGGCGGCGGCGCGGGGCGCGGGGCCGCGGAGGGACUUGCGACGGCGGCAGGGCACCGCGCUCCACUCCCCACCGGCCUCGCCCCGCCAAAGCCUCAGCUCGCCGUCGGCUUCCCCCCCCCGCCCCAUGCCAGGAGUUAUGCUGCAGAGGAGGGGGCUGUUGUGGCUUGCUGUCUUGAUAACCCUGUGGGUUUCCUCAAAUGCUCAGGAUGGUGACAAGGAAGAGGAGAUUACCUUUGAUUUACUUCAAAUCAGUAACAUAAACCGAAAGACAGUUGGAGCAAAAUUGUUUCGGGGUCCAGACCCCACUAUCCCAGCAUAUCGUUUCAUUCGGUUUGACCACAUACCGCCAUGUAAACCAGAGAAAUUAAAAAAGAUUGUCAAACUCAUACGGCAGAAUGAGGGCUUUAUCCUUUCAGCCACCCUGAGACAGGACAGGCAAUCUAGAGGCACUAUCCUUGCUUUAGAGGGUCCUGGCAUCAGUGAGAGGCAGUUUGAGAUCAUUUCCAAUGGCCGGGCCAACACCCUGGACCUUAUCUAUUGGGUGGAUGGCUUCCAGAACGUGAUUUCCCUGGAAGACGUGGACCUCGCUGACUCACAGUGGAAGAACCUCACCGUGCAAAUAACAGGCGAGAACUACAACCUCUAUGUUGGCUGUGACCUUAUUGACAGCUUCAUCCUGGAGGAGCCUUUCUACGAGCAGCUGAAAGCAGAGAACAGCAGAAUGUAUGUGGCGAAAGGGUCCAUUCGGGAGAAUCAUUUCAGGGGUCUUUUGCAAAAUAUUCAGUUAAUCUUUGAUACUUCAAUAGAGGAUGUUCUGCGUAAAAAAGGAUGCCAGAGAAGCCAGUCAACUGAAGUGAACACCAUCAAUGAGAGCACUGAAAUCCUUCAUUUGAGCCCUGCUGUCACAACCGAGUACGUGGGUGAGAAAUCAGAGAAGGCUGAGUUCUGCGAUCGCUCCUGUGAAGAGCUGGGAACGAUGUUCACAGAGCUCACUGGCUUGCGCAUCGUGGUGAACAACUUAGCUGAUAACCUCCAGAAAGUGUCUGAAGAGAACCAAAUUAUGUGGGAAUUGAUUGGGCCUAACAAAACACUGAAGAACCAGUCGGUUUGCUGGCAGGAUGGCCGUGUCUUUGCAGAUAAUGAAAGCUGGAUUGUAGAUAGCUGCACCAAGUGCACCUGCCAGGAUUCUAAAAUUGUGUGCCAUCAAAUCACCUGCCCAGCAGUCUCCUGUGCCGAUCCAUCUUUUGUUGAAGGUGAAUGCUGUCCAGUCUGCUCUCACUCUGAUGACAGCGAGGAAGGCUGGUCACCAUGGUCAGACUGGACAAAGUGCUCAGUUACCUGUGGCUCUGGGACUCAGAUGCGAGGAAGGUCAUGUGAUGUCACCAGGAGUGCUUGUACAGGCCCGCACAUCCAGACAAGGAUGUGCAGCUUUAAGAAAUGUGACCAUCGCAUACGUCAAGAUGGUGGCUGGAGUCACUGGUCUCCCUGGUCUUCCUGUUCAGUUACCUGCGGAGUCGGAAAUAUCACCCGCAUCCGCCUCUGCAAUUCCCCUAUCCCCCAGAUGGGUGGGAAAAACUGUGUGGGAAGUGGGCGUGAAACAGAGAAGUGUGAGAAGGUUCCAUGUCCAGUGAAUGGCCAGUGGGGUCCUUGGUCUCCGUGGUCUGCCUGCACUGUUACCUGUGGAGGAGGAAUUCGUGAGCGGUCUCGCCUCUGUAACAGUCCAGAGCCACAGUACGGAGGAAAGCCCUGUGUGGGAGAUACCAAGCAACAUGAUAUGUGCAACAAGAAGGAUUGCCCAAUUGAUGGGUGUUUGUCAAAUCCUUGCUUUCCUGGAGCAGAAUGCAACAGUUACCCAGAUGGGUCUUGGUCAUGUGGGCCAUGCCCAGCAGGUUACCUUGGCAAUGGUACUGUCUGUGAGGAUCUUGAUGAGUGUAUAGCUGUGUCAGAUGUGUGCUUUAAGGUGAAUCAGGUCCAUCGCUGCGUGAACACAAAUCCAGGUUUCCACUGCUUGCCAUGUCCUCCACGCUAUAAAGGAAGUCAGCCCUAUGGGGUAGGGCUGGAAGUUGCCAAGACAGAGAAGCAAGUCUGUGAACCUGAGAACCCAUGCAAGGACAAGACACACAGCUGCCAUAAGUCUGCAGAGUGCAUCUAUCUCGGCCAUUUCAGUGAUCCUAUGUACAAAUGUGAAUGUAGGACAGGUUAUGCUGGCGAUGGACGCAUCUGUGGUGAGGAUUCGGAUUUGGAUGGCUGGCCUAAUAAUAACUUGGUCUGUGCUGCUAAUGCAACAUACCAUUGCGUGAAGGAUAACUGCCCCCUUCUGCCUAACUCUGGCCAAGAAGACUUUGAUAAAGAUGGCAAAGGAGAUGCCUGUGAUGAGGAUGAUGACAAUGAUGGUGUUGAAGAUGACAAAGACAACUGCCCUCUUCUGUUCAACCCUCGUCAGUUUGAUUAUGACAAGGAUGAAGUUGGUGACCGCUGUGAUAAUUGCCCCUAUGUGCAUAAUCCUGCUCAGAUUGACACAGAUAAUAAUGGGGAGGGUGACUCAUGUGCUGUGGAUAUUGAUGGAGAUGACAUUUUUAAUGAACGAGAUAACUGUCCUUACGUCUACAACACAGACCAGAGUGAUACAGAUGGUGAUGGAGUUGGUGAUCAGUGUGAUAAUUGUCCGUUGAUGCAUAAUCCAGACCAGACUGAUGCAGAUAAUGACCUUGUUGGUGACCAGUGUGACAACAAUGAGGACAUAGAUGAAGAUGGCCACCAGAACAACCAGGAUAACUGCCCUUACAUCCCCAAUGCUAACCAGGCUGACCAUGAUAAAGAUGGUAAAGGAGAUGCCUGUGAUCCUGAUGAUGACAAUGAUGGUGUCCCAGAUGACAGGGACAAUUGUCGCCUCAGAUACAACCCUGAGCAGGAGGACUCUGAUGGUGAUGGCAGAGGUGAUAUUUGCAAAGAUGACUUUGACAAUGACAAUGUCCCAGAUAUUUACGAUGUAUGCCCUGAAAACAAUGCCAUCAGUGAAACUGAUUUCAGAAAGUUCCAGAUGGUCCCCCUGGACCCCAAGGGAACAGCUCAGAUUGAUCCCAACUGGGUUAUUCGCCACCAAGGCAAGGAACUGGUGCAGACUGCCAACUCUGAUCCUGGAAUAGCCGUAGGCUACGAUGAGUUCAGCUCUGUUGACUUCAGUGGGACGUUCUAUGUUAACACAGACCGCGAUGAUGACUAUGCUGGCUUUGUGUUUGGCUACCAGUCCAGCAGUCGGUUUUAUGUUCUGAUGUGGAAGCAGGUCACUCAGACCUACUGGGAGGACAAACCCACCAGGGCUUAUGGCUAUUCUGGUGUGUCGCUCAAAGUAGUGAAUUCAACAACUGGUACCGGUGAACACUUGAGAAAUGCUCUCUGGCACACAGGAAACACCCCUGGACAGGUGCGUACUUUGUGGCAUGAUCCCAAGAACAUUGGCUGGAAGGAUUAUACUGCUUACAGGUGGCAUUUGAUUCAUAGGCCUAAAACGGGACUAAUAAAAGUUUUAGUGUAUGAAGGGAAACAAGUCAUGGUGGAUUCUGGACCAAUCUAUGAUACAACCUUUGCUGGUGGACGAUUAGGUCUUUUUGUCUUUUCUCAAGAGAUGGUCUAUUUCUCUGACCUCAAAUAUGAAUGCAGAGAUGCUUGAGCAAUGGUUGCUGCAUUACCAGCAAAGUACUGUAAAUGCUAUGCAACCUAGACACCUCAGUACAUCCUGGUACUCCCAGUUUCUAUUUUUGUGUACCUCCUGUCCUCUGUCCUCGUGCUCCACUCACCAGGUACCUCCCUGCUGCCAGGAGUGCCUCAGCCAUCCCUCCACCCAAGUGCCUUCUCACAGCCAGGACUAAUGAGACCUAAACGUGAGCGUCCGACCCACCACCGAAGCAAAAGCAGAUUGAUAUAUUAGAACACUUUUGUAGAGUGAAAACUUAGCAAAACAUGUUUGUUUGUUUAUUUGUCUUUUUUUAAGGAAUGACGUUUACAUAUAAAAAUGUAAUUACUUAAUGUAUUUAUAUAUAUAUGGAGAAAAAGAGGGGGGUGAUGAUUAUCAGUCAUUGUCUUUAAGUGAGGAAAAAUGUGUUUGAAUAACUUUUUAGGUGUAUGGUUGACACUUCCGUGCUCUGAUCAGGACUGGACUUCAGUAACACAAAGCCUCUGGGUCUAAUUUUAGCAAAGUAAUGGAAGGCCACGCCAACAGUAUCUAUAUAACAAUGAAAAUGCCUUUGGAUAAUAAAGUAAAGACCAAUUAUGAACACUUCUUGAUCCAAAAAGAUGUUCUUUAGCUUAUGAGGAUGCUCGUAAUAACACCUGUUAAAAUUAACAGCUGGUAGAAAUGUCAGAUUUGCAACCUAAAGCAUUGUCUAGUAGACAUUCAGGCCAAAUGGAACUGAAUGAGAAACUCCCAUGUGAAAGGGAAGAGUGACCCGUUUAAACAUCCAAAGCUAUUGCUGUUGUCUGACUUUCAAAAAUUAUUUCCAGUUGUUCUGUUUCCAUCAUAUUUUGCAUUCCCUUGUAAUAAAGAAUAUACCAUGACCAUGUGGAGCAAAACAAACCUGAACCACUUUCCCACCUCUGCUGCAAAAAGCACUUUGACAUCCUGAAUCCUGAUGUGGGUUUUUGAAAAGGUGGCAACGCCACUAUUACUUAAUUUGGUAACGUAGGAAUUUAAGGUUCCAUUUAUAAAUAUUUUGUUAGUAUUUAUUAUGAUUAUCACACCAAGCUACCUUCUCUGAUAAUUUAUUUUAAAGCAUGUCAUAUAAUGCAUCAGUAAUACAUUCACAAAUAAUGAUAUUUUAAAGCUAUUUUUAAAAGCAUAUCACAAUAUGUAGAUAUUGUCAAAGCAUGGUAUACACUUAAGUAGAGUUUCAUGGGUUAUAUUCAUGUAUGCUUUAAAGUUAAAUGAAUAAUAAUAAGGAAUUUAUAAAUGGAACCUUAAUAUAUAUCCAGUUACCCUAAUUUUAAUAUUUUGUAUUGUUACCUAUGUCUGCUGUAUAUAGAACUUCUUAAAUAAUGCUGAAGGGAUACCAGUGUUUAUUCUAAACAGAUACAACAGUUACUCAGAUAUACAAUAGUAUAAACAUGUUUAGCAUUUUUUUUAUUUUGUUUAAGUUGUAUGAGCUUUGUUCACAAAAAGAACACACGCUGGUGUGCUUUUGUUCAUAGAUGGGUUAACUGAUGGAAUAAUACAGUACCUCUGCCUUCUUACAGGGCACAGUGAGCUAAAUGUUGAAUCAACUUUUUCUCCCUUGAAAUAGAUUUUGUUGCUAUAUUCAUUAGAAGAGAAUCCACAGUUGCUGGCUUUAUUGCACAUUUUAUAGUGUUCAUAUUAUCAAAUCUUUUUGGUUUUGUUUUUGUUUCAAUUUUGUUUUGUUUCUGGUUUGUGUUUUGGUUUUGUUGGUUUGUUUUUUUUUUUUUCCAAAUCCUCUUCAUGAGGUUUUUAAAUGUUUCAGUUUUUUACUUUUGGUGUUUCAAAUUGUAUCCCCAAGUCCCAAGCAGAAGGGAGGGUGACUUCAUUAAAUGUAAUGAUUGUAAUGGCUGUGUAGGGUUUUUUGUUUUGUCAGAGAGAGACAUCAGUGUGGGGAUGAAGAUGUUAAUAUUUGGACUGUAUCAUAAUUUUCCUAUUCUAUGUAAAUUAUUUAUGAUGUUUUUUAAAUUUCUUUUUCUUUUUUUUUCCUUGCAAGUGUGUGUGAGAGAGUGAGAUCAAUGAAAUUUCAUUUUGUUUUGCCAAAGAUUGUAAAUAAUUAUUUAUUUGUUUACAUGGACGGAACUUUAUCAUUUAACGUCCUGAUUCAUUUAGUCAGAUCCUCAUUUUUAUAUAUAUAUAUAUAUUUUAAGAAAUUAAUGAUAGGAAAUAAACUGUAAAAAGGUUUUAUAAACAAAAUUCUCUUUACCUUUUUUAUAGUUAAAAUGUUUCUUUAAAGAAAAGAUUCCAUUCCCCAAAGCCCUCAGUUAAAUAAGCCUCUUGCCUUGCUAUAAACCAGUUCAUUUCAAGCAAACCCACAAAUCUGUUGCUUGGUUACAGAUCACCAACUGUCUGCUAAGGUUGUAAACAGCAGGUUUCCUAGUCUCUCUGACAAGACCUCAUUCUCCAUGAAGUCUUUAUCUGGCAAACUACCCCAAGUUUUAUUUAUGGCAUUACAACUGAGAAAUUUUGGUCCUGCUUCUCUUUUUUUGCUGGACUCCUACACAUGGUGUCUGUAUUGUGUCUGAACAAAUACACGAUCCUGUUCUGUA